CAUUGGAGAGAGUGGGAGAGAAAAGGAGCAAAUGUGCGCGGCGGCGGAGAGGGAGGGAGGACAGCGAGUGCGCAAAUAGGCAGCCAGGCACAUCAGCAGCAGCGGCAGAGCAUCUUCCUGAUCCUGAUCUCCCGUGUCCUCAGCUGCCAAAUCCUCCCGCGGUGCGGUCUCUCGAUUGAGAUCUCACUGCCGGCUGAAGUGUCCAGAAGCCUCCGCCAAACCCAUCACCUCCCACCACCACCACCACCACACUUUUUCCUCUUGGAGCUCGGUUAUUCUUAGCUCAGCCGCGAGAGACUGUCCUUCCGGUCCUUCUCUUAUUUAUCCCAGUUUCUUGAAUAUUUAAUGGAAAAUGGCGAUCUGCGCGCAGUCGUACGGUAUUUUCUGCCUCUUCACAAUUCAAACUGUACUUAUCAUAUGCGUCUCCACGCCGACAGACGGGACCCACCUCUUCCCCCAGCACUACACAAUGAUUCACUGGGCCGGACGCAUCGAGAAGGAGCUGGAAAAGGUUCUGCAACACGUCACUGGAACUCAGCAGAUGAGAUCGAUUUAUAAUGAGAAGAAGAGCCAGUUUGAAAUCAAGAGAAACAACCCCAAGGACUUGGUGGAGAGAGUGGCACGGGACAUCUCCAAGCUGCUCAACAGUAAGAGGAAAGCCCUGGAGAAACUGGCCAGGGAGGCGGAGCAGCUUCAGAAGGAGCAUGUAUGGCAAGAUGGUGUGACGGAGAAUGCCAUUUCAUACUACGAUUCCAAAGCGGAUUCAGACUAUACGGAGGACGGAGAAGAGGAGAACCCGCUGGAUAGCUCGUCCUCUUUAGAGCUGGAGUUUGUGGAUGAUCUCAAUUUUAAAAACAAGGUCAACUACUCAUCCAGUGCAGUCCAGAUUCCUACAGACAUAUACAAAGGCUCCCCAGUCAUCCUAAAUGAGUUAAACUGGACCCAGGCUCUGGAGAGGGUCUUCAUCGAGAACCGUAGGGAGGACAGCUCUCUGCGUUGGCAGGUGUUUGGCAGUGCCACAGGAGUGACGCGAUACUACCCAGCCACUCCAUGGAGGGCACCCAACAAGAUCGACCUGUAUGACGUCCGCAGAAGACCAUGGUAUAUCCAAGGUGCAUCGUCUCCAAAGGACAUGGUCAUCAUCGUGGAUGUGAGCGGAAGUGUCAGCGGACUCACUCUGAAGCUCAUGAAAACCUCCGUCGUGGAGAUGCUGGACACUUUAUCAGAUGACGACUAUGUUAAUGUGGCCAGGUUCAAUGAGAAGGCCGACGCUGUUGUUCCUUGCUUCAGGACUUUGGUCCAAGCCAACGUUCGUAACAAGAAGAUCUUCAAGGAGGCUGUCAUGCAUAUGCAAGCCAAAGGAACCACAGAUUACAAGUCUGGCUUCACAUUCGCCUUUGAACAGCUUCUCAAUGAGAGCAGCGCCCCGAGGGCCAACUGCAAUAAGAUGAUAAUGAUGUUUACAGAUGGCGGGGAGGAUCGUGCACAGGAAAUCUUUGAGAAGUACAACUGGCCCAACAAAACAGUUCGUGUGUUCACCUUCUCUGUUGGGCAGCAUAAUUAUGAUGUCACCCCUUUGCAGUGGAUAGCUUGUGCCAAUAAAGGUUACUACUUUGAAAUUCCAUCGAUUGGAGCCAUCAGAAUCAACACCCAGGAGUACCUGGAUGUCCUGGGCCGUCCCAUGGUGUUGGCCGGGCCCAAAGCCAAGCAGGUUCAGUGGACCAACGUCUACCAGGACGCGCUGGGUUUGGGCCUUGUCAUCACCGGGACCAUGCCAGUCUUCAACCUCACUGCUGAUACUGUCAGCUCUCAGAACCAGCUCAUCCUGGGCGUUAUGGGAGUAGAUAUCGCAAUCAACGAAAUCAAAAAGAAGACUCCUACGUACAGACUCGGAGCCAACGGUUACACCUUCGCCAUCGACCCAAACGGUUAUGUACUGCUGCAUCCCAACCUGCGACCUAAGAUCAUUAACUUUAGGGAGCCCGUCACUCUUGACUUUCUGGAUGCAGAGCUGGAGGACAGCAACAAGGAGGAGAUCCGUCGACAGAUGAUUGAUGGCAGAUCGGGGCAAAGGAAAAUCAAGACGCUCAUUAAGUCAGUUGAUGAGAGGUACAUCGAUGAGGCCAUGCGGACAUACACGUGGACGCCUGUGGACGGUACAGACUACAGCCUAGGGUUGGUACUGCCCACAUAUAGUGAGAACCACAUCAAGGCCAACCUGAGUGACCAGAUCCUUCAGGUGCAGUAUUUUGAAUCACUGCUGCCAAACAGUUUUGAGUCUGAAGGACAUGUAUUCAUUGCUCCCAGGGAGUACUGCAAUGAUCUGGAACUGUCCAACAACAACACUGAGUUUCUGCUCAACUUUAUUGCUCUCAUGGAGAAGGUGACACCGGACUCUAAACAAUGUGACAAUUUGCUCCUUCAUAACCUGAUUCUGGACACUGGCAUCAUCAGACAGCUGGUUGAUAAAGUGUGGAAGAAUAAAGACUUGAACACAUACGGCUUUCUAGCCGUGUUCGCUGCAACAGACGGUGGUAUAACAAGAGUGUUUCCCAACAAGGCUGCAGAAACCUGGGAGGAAGACCCCGAGCCAUUUAAUGCCAGCUAUUACCGCCGCAGCCUCGACAACAAGGGCUACAUCUUCCGAGCGCCUUAUCGAACAGCCAGGGACGAGCUGCUGAACCCAGAAAACGACACCAUAGGGAUCCUGGUCAGCACGGCUGUGGAGAUCACAAUAGGAGGAAAGGCCAUCAAACCCGCAGUUGUCGGAGUGAAACUAGACCUUGAAGCCUGGACAGAUAAGUUCAAGAUUCUCGCCAGUAACCACACAGACAACCGUCAAGGCUCAAAUACGUGUGGACCAAACAGGGGCUGUGAAAUGGACUGUGAAGCCAACAGUGAUGAUCUCCUGUGUUAUUUAAUAGAUGACGGUGGAUUCCUGAUCAUGUCCAAUCAGAAGGACGACUGGAACAAGGUGGGAAUGUUCUUCAGCGACGUUGACCCUUACUUGAUGUACGCUCUCUACAACAACUCUUUCUACAACCGCAAGCAGUCAUUCGAUUACCAGUCGGUGUGUGAACGGAUGCCCAACAGCGAAGCCGGAGCUGCACCCAGAGGAGUGUUUGUGCCUACAAUUGCAGAUUUUGUAAACCUGGCUUGGUGGACAUCAGCAGCUGCGUGGUCCUUGUUCCAGCAGUUUAUAUAUGGACUGGCUUAUCACAGUUGGUUCGUCACAGAUGAGGUGGAUGCAGAGGGAAUCGAUUCCAAAGAGCGGAGUUGUGUAAUGAUCCAGACCCAGUACUACUUGAGUAACCUCAGCAGCUCCUACAACAUACUGCAAGACUGUGGCAACUGCUCCAGGCUGAUUCAUGCCAAGAGGAUAAACAACACCAACUUACUGUUUGUGGUGGCAGAGAAGAUGCCAUGCAACACCUGCGAGAUAGAGAAGCUGUCCCAGGAGGAGGAGGAGUUCAAGGAAGAAAAUCCGUGUGAAGAAAUGGCUGUGGCACGUUAUCGAAAAGGACCAUCCACCUGCUUUGACAAUAACGUCGCUGAGAACACGUCGGACUGUGGGCGAGGUCACUCUUUCCGUCCGUCUCUCUACACUCUGCUGCUCAUUCAGCUGCUUCUGCUUUAUCCGGCCGUCAGCCCCCACAUUCUCUCCCUACUACAUUAAUUCCAUUUUCCUCCACUUAUCCUCCUUUUAGCCCUCCCGAGCUUCUCUCCCGUCCUAAAACCCUCUGCCCCUGCCUCCCUCACGUCCCCUCCACUCCCUCCACCCCUGAUAUAGUCAUAGGAAAUAAUGGGACUUCCCAUCACAGCAAGUCGGAAGCCCUGAGUGCCGCGCUACCCAGCUUGCUUCAGUUCGUGUUGCUUAGUGACAACUGCCGGACGUUCGUGUCCUCAGCCAGUUAACCUUCAUCUGCAGGAAGAGCGGGUGGUGGUCUCAGACCACCUGGAUCAUCAGAGACAACAUCUGAAAAGAGGAAGGGAAAAAAAAAAAACAAACAAAAAAAAAAAAAAGCCAACUCCACGACCACCUCACCACGUCCCACCAUUCUCCAGGGGGAAAGAGAGGGGAAAAAGGGACGCGUCAAAGUCCUCGCCACAGACCUCCCGCCUCACACAGACUGGAGAGUUGAGGUUAUCUGUCCACCUUUCGCCUCUGUCCGUCAGACAGACGGUGGGACUCCUCCUCCUCCUUCUCUCCUCCAUCUCAGAGUCUCACCGCUCAGUCAUUCGCCUCUCGCAAGGCGGCUGUGGACCAUUCAGCCACCAAUAGCCACCAUAAAAGAAAAAUAACAGAAAAAAUAAGAACUGUCAAGUAUACAAAAUGUCAAGUAUAAACUGCUGAAGUGAUGAGUAUUCCAAACAUACAGUAUAUUUAGGUUUUAAUUUGAAAAGGAAGUCGUUAGGUGUUAACUUAAAAAGACAUGAAUUAAUUUAUGCACUAUAUCUACUUGCCAAAAUGAGAUAGACUUUCAUGUGGUCUUAUUUUUUUAUAGCCAAAAUACAAAAGGAAAUGGCUUUGAUUUAGAUUUAGGAUAAACCAUGAGAGGAGGGGUGGAGACGGUCAGAAACUGAAUGCUGAUUCAUUUUGUGCAGCUAAUUACAGAUUAAUGCUUUUAAAAGACGUCCACUGGGGCUUAUUGUAAUUACAUGAUGGUAAUCGCAUUUCUUGAAGAAGUUGUCCUUAUUAAGGGCAGUGUUAUCUGGCUUACACACUAGUGACAGCUGUAAUAUAUAUGAAUCAGCGUUCGGUUGCUGUUGAUGUUGUGUUGUAUUCUUUAUGAUCAAUCGACCAUUCUGACCUCUGGGUUAGACUGAAAAAAAAAGAAGAAGAAAUCCCCGCGCUCUCUGAUACGAAAGCUCACCUCUGCCAAUCCUCGUGAGGCUUCUCCAGUAACCACUACUAACACUCUUAAUCACGAUUUGUAUAUGUGCUUUACUUCUGUUAACACAACCAACACAUCAAGAUCUCUGCCUCAUGACUCUCUCAUAGCAAGUCCCAGGUGGGUUGUUUCCUUUUUGUCGGGGGGGGGGGCAAAUCUUUUUUUUCUGUCUUUUUCCGGGGCUUAUAUUACCUUUUGACUGAUGCUGUUCAAACUUCAAAACCAUUCGCUGCUGGGGGAUAGGGGCUUAUCAACAUUUCCAACAAAAGUGCAGAAGAGGCCACUAAAUAUGGUGAUCACGUACAGUAGUACUCUGGUUGUUAUCCGUCACAGUUCGUCAUUUGAUCAUUACGAUGUGUGGGGGAAAAAAAAGAAAAAAGAACAAAAAAAAAAAGAAAAGUCAUUUAGACUCCCAUGUUUAGGAGCCGCUCUGUUUCAUAGUGCCUUGACGCACUUUGUUUUGGAAUGCAUCGGCUGCAUAAGAGUAGAGCUACUGUAUAGUACCUUUAUAAAGCAGCCAUCUUUGAGGCUUUGGAGCCUGCGAGACUGAACCUGUUGGCUAUAGGAAUAGCUUUACACAGAGCCACCACACUGACCGGCUCUAGCUUAAUGUAUUUGCCCUCUCGGCUGUGGUUGCUGCACCCCCUUCAGAGCCACCUGACUGCCAUCGUAUGGAGUUACUAUACCGUUCCUUUACAAAGCCAUGUAUAGAGCUAUGAUACACUAUCAGUAUACAGCGACUUAACUGGCCAUAGAGUGUUUUUAGGGCCACCUGACUGCUAUAGUUCUGCCUGAAUCGUAUGUGUUUGUGUAUGGAUGGAUGGAUGUGUGUGUGUUAGAUUGCGUUAAAACCCCCCUCAAAGGGAAUGUCUUUUAAAAGGAGUGUAUGAGGGAUGACAGUUGUGGGAGCGUAGCUGUUUUAUUUCCUGUUCUUAUGUUGCAAAGGACAAAAUCCAGUGUUGUUGUGGAGGGAAGAAAAAAAGGGAUUUUACUGAAACAAAAAAGAAUCCAUCUCUAACCAUCAGUCUGCUUUAAAUAUCAAUCCAAGGGAGCAGAGGUGUCCGAAAGAAUGUGUAGUUCAUCAGUGUUUUCUGUUUUAAAUGCAACAUAGUUACAAAGCCUCUCUAAAUGCCUUAGUGUUAACACAGUACGGAGCUCUGAUACGUCCCCCUCCCCUUUCAUGCACACUCUUUUCUCACGCACACACGAAUAGAUUCUGCGAUAUAUAUCCACUCCCCUCUGGUUUUCUUGGUGUUCUGCAGUGAGUAUAGUGAGCUCGAGUUUUGUAUUUUUACGUCUCAGAAUGAUUCGAUAUCGAUUGAUGCCUGUUUCGAUUAAAUGCUUGAAAGCAGGAGGGGGUUGGAAGUUUUUAAAAAAUCUCAAAAGCUUCCAACCUCUGAUGUUCACACACCCACCCAAAACCUCACUGUAUUGCUCAGGUGGGAAGAUUCACACACACACACACACACACACACACACACACACACACACACACACACACACAGACACACACAGCGAUUUGAACCUUAACUUUAACACACUCUGUACAGUUGUUGGUACUCUUUGAUGUGACAAACAUGCUGGCACAGUAACUGCAGCGCGGCUCUGAACAUAUCAGUCUCAGAUAAAACAAAAGACUGUUAAAGAAAAAACUUUGAAAUUUCAGAUUUUCUAAUUUGGCUCUUUUCAGCGGUGGGUGCGGGCCGGGUCACCUGAUGCCGGCUGCAGUUUUACUUUUCUGGCAUUUGUUUGUCUCUGUCCUGUGCCAUUAAUUCUGUCUGUAUUUCCCUAUUUCCACCGUCUGUAAAUGAACGCUACACGUGCCUGUGGAAAUGUACCCCCUGCGACUUCCUCUCUUUUUCCUGGCUCUGUUACGCAUACAGUCUCACACAUAUACAUAGAUACUGUAUGUAGGCCUAUACAGUUUGUGCACCUGCACCGAGACAGUAUUCACCGCGCGUGCACACAAGUUUAAGCAAACAUGUUAUGACACUUAAUUCAUGCCCAGCUGGGAGAUGUCAAGCACCAGGCAGAAGUAAAAAAAAACCAAGGACGUCACUUCCCAGGUGUUUUUCUUUUCUUUUCUUUUUCUUCUUUCUUGUGAGCGGGCGGGAUGUCAGAGGCAAGCUCAGGGAGUGGGUCUCCACAGAGCAGCACGGGCCUGUCAAACAGAAGGUCAUGGAGGAAAUAAUGUAGUGACGUCUGUGUGCGCAUCCCGACGGAAACCGUCGUCCAAGAAGGGCGCCACACGUAUGAUUUCUGUGGUUUGACAAAUUUACUUUUGCCAAAAAAAAAAAAACUAAAAACUAAAACAAAAAACAAAAGAAGAAAAAACAGAAAAUUGGACCAGCUUGGGGGACGAGAGGGAGGGGUCAGCUUUAGGACCCUAAACUAAAAGUAAGGGAGGGUUCAUCGUGAAGCCCCCUCCCGACCCCUCGCUGCAUCUGUGUUGGUGCGUCUCUGUGGGAAAGACACGUGUGUAUGUGAUUCUGUAGUCUGUAGUCUGGUGCUAUGUGACCAUGUUUGACAAGUGUGUGAAAAAAUAACAACAUUUAGAGAAAAAAAAAGUAAAAUCAGUCGAAUUUUAAGUCAAGUUAAAAAAAAUAUAGGAAUACAGCACUGUUGAUAAGUUUGAGAUCUGAAGUCAAAAUGUUUUUUUUUUUGUUUUGUUUUUGUUUAUUUUAAUUUCUUGUACGUAUGUGAGUGUGAAUGUUUGUGUGUGUGUGUGUGUGGAAGAUUUCGCUCCUUCUUUUCUGGGCACUGGUCCAUGUCGCUCCAUUCUUUUGUACAGAUGAAGCUAAAAAAAAAAAAAAAAAGAAGAGGGCAAAAUUUGUAAAAUAUUGUGUCUGUGACUCCUUGUAAAAUAUUUUCAAAUUGUUUAUUACAGAGAAUCAGUUAUUAAAUAAUGUUCAUAUUUUUCACUUCA